GUGAUUAACUGUUUGUUUACAACACGUAAAGGCGCGGAUUUAAUUUGGCGUCUUAUCAGUUCAAAAUCAAAUAUUAAAUAAACGUUUGUUUUUAUAAACCUUGCCCAAAACUCAGAUAUGCCAUCAAUAAUGGCCUACACGGAUGUCCACAGGGCAUUUUUGCAGGCCGUGUCACAUCACGGAACGGUCAGUGCCAAACAGGCGUACAAAAUUCUGUGCUCAGCGUACGGGAAAUACCACACCGACGAAACCGUUCCAACGGAGGACCACAUACCGGACGUGGUCGCCUCAAUCAAUGCCAAAAUUUCCCGCUACAGCCAAAAAAUCAACUUUGUCCACUACGAACCGGUCGAGACGGAUUUCUACGUGUUCUGUAACCUCUCGGACAGUCCGCUCGAUCGGCUACAAACGCACUACACCGAAUCCGAGGUGAGCUUUUUCGGGCUCGUCCUGAAGGAAAUCGCCUGCAGCGAGGAGCACAAGAUUCGCCCGAUCGUUUGUCUCAACCUGACCGGGGAAAUCACGGGCAAGUCGGUCUCGAAGGUGCGCGCCGAGGAACUGCUGGAAGAGUGGGAAAAGCUGGGCUACUUUGUGCAGCUGGACGGCAUGUGGAACUUUGGUCCGAGGAUCGUGGCCGAGUUUGAUCGGUUUUUGAACGUACACUACGAGGACGAGAUGCACAAGUGCCUGCUGUGCAAGGAGUCGACGUUUUAUGGCAUCAAAUGCAAAAACUGUCCGGAAACGUUCCACAAAGAGUGCAUGAAAACGUAUCUUAGACGGCUAACAAACUGCCCCGGCUGCAAGGAGUUGUGGGCUGUUCCAGUAUUUAAUUGAAAUGUGUUUUUAAUUUGUUUGAAUGUUGAACUGAAUUGUGUAUUGUAAUAACCCAUUUUAUGAUAUU